AUGAUCAAAUCAUUCGUGACCAUUGCCUUGCUGGCUUCGACCGCACUGGCAUCCCCAGUGCCAGAAGCUGAGCCUGAGGCGCAGCUUUCAUUGCCACCUCUGAUCCCGUCUAUUCCUGGUGUCACUGAACCUUUGGCCAGCAACGCACCGCCAUUGCCAAUCCUGCAGAUUCCAACUCCUGCAUUGCCGAGUCCUCCGUUCACCGGAAGUAACAUCAGACCCAAGAAGAUUGGAUACUUUUGGACUGGUGCUGGAGACAACGAGCAUGCUGAUUUCUUGGCUGCUUACAGUCUUGACGAUGAUACAUUUGGAACCUUUCUUUGGCUUGCAGAUGUUCCGUCUAGUGGGAACAGUCCUCAUCAUCUUGGUGUCAGCCACGACGGCCAGACUCUGAUUGGUGGUGGGUUGCUUUCUCUAUUGAAGACGCAGGACACUGCAUACUACUUUGAUGUCUCCAACCCAUACCGACCAGCUUUCAAGAAAAGCAAUCGUGGUAUUUUGGCGUCGAUCACGGAUGAAAUUCGCGCUAAGCCAGAUGGUGGAUUCUUGAUCACAUACAUGGGCUCUGCUGUUGGAACUUCACCAGGUCGUCUCAUUGAGACUGACGCAAACUUCAACAUCAUUCACGAGUACCCCGAAGAUGUUGCCGGAACUCUGAACAUCCUCGGAGAACAAUUCAGCCCCCACGGUCUCAGCGUUGAUUGGGAUAAGAACCUCAUUCUUACCUCCGAUUUCGUGGUCCCGGUCACGAUCUUGAAGCCAUCACUCGGUAUACAACAUGCGAACACUCUUCGUCUUUGGAAUCUGGCUUCUAGGACUAUCAUAAGCACGCUUACCAUUCCAAACGGAGGCGGAAUUCAAGACGUGAAGUUCAUCCCUGGCAACAACGAAUCAGCCGCACUCGCAACAGCCGUCCAUCUGGGCCAAGUCUGGAUCGUCUACCCGUUCCGCUAUGAUUCAAAUGGCAACCAAGGUGUAGUAGAGCUCCUCUACGAUCUCGGACCAAAAGCUCAAGAUACCAUUGCCAUCUACUCCGACAUAACCCAGGACGGCAAAUUCAUCUACCUUACCCUCACCACCGCUAACCACAUCGCAGCCCUUGAUAUCUCCGACCUCAACAACGUCAAGCGUCUCGACGACCCCGAUGAGGUCCAACCCACCAUCGGCCCCCACUACAUCAAAGUGACGCCAGACCAAAAGCACAUUGUCGUCACCGACUACUUUGUCCAGACGGGCGAUAUCGGUCUCAUCAAUACUCCGGCCGAUUACAAAGCGCUGUAUAUUGAUAUCAACCCUGAUGGAAGCUUGAACUUCAAUCGUACCAUUGAUUUUGAGAGAAAUUUUGCGCAGACGAGGGGAGGUGCUAAGCCGCACAGUGUUGUGGUGUUUGAUUUCACGGAUCCGGCCAAUCCGAUUUACUAUUAG